AUGCGCGCCGUGUCGCUGCUUGUGCUGCUGGCGUGCAUCCAGGUCGCCCUGGGGUACCCCGGGCUCUGGGUCGCGGAGAAGAAGGGAUGCCUCGCGCAUCCCACCACUAAAGAGUCCGGCCACAAGGCUCCCACGACGGACAGCGCAAUCAAGUUUGUGAUCAAGAACGCCGCCGGCGCCGCCGUCCAGACCGUCUGCCCCGGGGUCUCCUACAGCGUCACGGUGCUCUACCCCGAGGCGCGCCUGCCCCUGACCACCGCCAGCGUGGGCGUCCUGGGCUCCCAGGACAAGGGCGUCCUCAAGCCCGUCGACAAGGACUGCCCCGGCCGCGUCUGGUACUACGUGAGUGACGCCGCCGCCCCGGGCCUCGCGCCGGCCGGUGGCGGCGGGCGCGGCCCGCUGCUGACAGGGCUGCCUGGCCUGCCGGGCCUGGAGGGCUCUUGGCGAGGCACGGCCAACAAGACCGCCUCCUCCGCCCUGAAGUGGGACGUCCCCUGCAAGGCCCCGGCGAGCGCCCAGCUCCGCACGACCAGCGCCGCCGGCUCGAGCAAGGGCUUCAACGCGGCCACCAGCACAGUGACCAUCAACCCGGGCUGCGCCGCCGCGGCCUGCGCCAAGGCCAAGACGCCCGCCAAGCUGACCGCCGCCUCCCCCGCCCCCACCGACGCCAAGGCCGCCGCCGCCCCGGUCGCCGGCACCAAGGCCGCCGCCUCCCCCGCCCCCACUGACGCCAAGGCCGCCGCUUCCCCGGCCGCCGCCGCCAAGGCUGCCGCCGCCCCGGCCGCCGACGCCCCGGCCGCCGCGUCGCCCAAGCCUGCGGCGCCCAAGUCGGCCGCCGGCGCCGCGUCCGCCGGAGGGCUGACGCUGGCGGCGGCAGGCCUGGCCGCGCUGCUUCUGUGA